AUCCUGUGCAGCGUUCGCGCGCGCGCUGCCGGAGGAGCACUCGCUCACUCACUCACUCGGUCGCGCACACACACACACACACACACACACGGAGCAGUGAUGCAUGCGAAGUGAUGUCGAGUGUCGUAGUUAACGGAGGACGUCUGUAACGCGCAAGGGCGCCCUUUUUUGUUGUUGUUGUAAACGUGCAAUGUAUUUUUCAUUGGCUGCGUGCAACGACACAAGUAAAACGGAGGCGCUGUAACUUGCUCGUGCUUCUUCGACAACCGACUGUUGCGCCAGGAGAGCGUCAGUCCAUCAUGAGCGGAAACGCGGACGGCGGCGACGCGCUCGCGGAAAACGACCUUCUCGCCACUUCAUGAGGCGCGAGCUUCGAUUCUUUUGCGUUCCAGAGUGGAAGCGGGUACAAAAGGAAAAAAGCGGAAGAGCGCGCGCAGGAUGAGAAGCACGGAGCUGCUGCUCGCCUACUUUCUCGUGAAAGUUGUGGCGUGCGACGUAGUCGGUGAGAGCGCUAGACAAGUCGGUUCGGUGGCCGUGUCUGGCUCCAACGAGUCCCGAGACGGCGAGAGCGGUCUCUCGGAGCCUCCGCACACAGAGGAUAAAUGCAGGGGCUACUACGACGUGAUGGGUCAGUGGGACCCGCCGUUCGUGUGCCGCACGGGCAGCUACCUGUAUUGCUGCGGCACGUGCGGCUUCCGCUUCUGCUGUGAGUUCAAGGAGUCACGCCUGGACCAGCGCGCGUGCACUAACGACGGCACACCGCCGUGGUCAAUAACGGGCAGACCGCCGCCCAAAAAGAAUGACCCGGCGCACGACCCCACGAGGGAUAAAACCAAUCUAAUCGUGUACAUCAUAUGCGGAGUGGUCGCCAUCAUGGCUCUGGUCGGGAUUUUCACAAAACUCGGGCUUGAGAAGGCGCACCGACCUCACAGAGAAAACAUGUCUAGAGCGCUGGCGCAAGUGAUGCGGCAGACGAGAGGAGAGGAACGUGAGGAGAGCCUGGCUGUUCAUGGACAGCCCUAUGAGAACCUGCAGGGUCGGACUACAGGAAAUAACCUGCAAAGCAACCAGAUCAACAAUGUGAGUCCAGGAUCAGGCCUAAUGCAGGCAAUGACCCCGUACCCCACACUGGGACAGGUCUCUCACACCUAUGAACAACCACAGCCUGUCAAGGAGCUCAACAAAUAUGCAUCGUUGAAAGCAGUAGCUGAGAAAGCUAACGAGAACUUUUACACAAAUCGGAGACACGGGGCGGAAUUGACGACCAAAGGCACGCUACCCCUGCACCCGGUGCAACUGGAGCCUGAGCCGACCAACCCUUAUAGCCCAGAGCUGCCUUGCCAAAAACAAAAUGGACACAAGGCAAAGAGCGUUAAGGUGUCGGGCUCACAUCCACUGCCCUAUAGCUCCAACACCAUUUCCGUCCCAGGUAUGCUGAGGAGCCGGGAGGGAUCAGAUGCUCUUGGGCGUCGCCACACAUAUGCCCCUAAAAAGCACAGCACGCUACUGGAGCAGGUCAAUGAGCUGAGCUCACCAAGCCAGCCUUACCUGCCUCCUCACCCAUACUUCAUCACCAACAGCAAGACUGAGGUGACUGUGUGAAAGGGAUGACACAGCCAGCUGACCUGAGCCAGACUAGAGCAAUCAAAGAGGGAGAGAAAGAGUUCAGGACGUCUGAGAUUUUUGAUUUCUUAUGGCCUGGCAUUGACAGAGCUGCAUCUGAGCAUCUGCCUGGGCCCCAUGUGUAGGAUCUGUACUUUCUUUCUUUUCAGGAAUGACUGUGCAUGAAAAAGGAUGGUGUAGAACUCAUUCUGGAGCAAACAGCAGUAUAUUUUAUAAUCUGUACUCUCUUUGUUUCAGUUACUGUAAUGUCUGCAUUAUAAUGCAAUUUAACAGUAUAGUUAUAAGCUUAUGACACAAACAAACAAAUUGUCCAGCAGAGUAUAAAAUUGUAAUGCAGUUACACUCAUCUGCAGUGCAUUAUGGGAAUGGUGGCACUCUGCUCAGUAAGUCUGUAAUGCUGUAUACAGGGCUGCAUAGGUCUGGGAUACACAGACAGCAAGGUGUUGGAGUACCUGAGGCUUAAAUGUGGCAGAAACCCAAUAAUGCUGGACAGUUCAUUUUUACUUAAUCUUGUCUAGUUCAUUUUGAUAUUGUCUCGGAACAGUGUGUACCAAAACCUCUGUACUGAUACAUCGUACAUCUGAAAAACCUGGAGCUUGUCUAUCAAUCUUGGCAUCUAAAACUUUGUGCUGUUUUAAGGCAAUUCCAGUGUUUUGUCACGAAUGAAUAUAUAGGACUCUAUUUCAUGCAGAAGUAAGUGUAAUUUGCUUAUUUGGUGCCAUUUUAGUUGGGCACAAGACAUUUUUUUCACAUUUGCUCACUGUUGCUAUUAUGAGGGAUAUAAAUGAAUGAUGGUAGAAUGGCAAAAAGUGGGUGUGUCAUUUGAAACCAAAAUGGUCCAAAAUAUGCAUGUGCAUUACCCACUCCCGAGACCUAUUCCUAAGAUAAGACUGUAUUUUUUCUAUUUGACUUGAGAAUCCACUUCUUUACAACCUUGAUUUGUGGAUGUUCACAAUUUACAGUAUAUCACUCCACUUCACACUAAAUUUUAAAUAAUUACAAGAGUUUUCUUAUCUAUAAACAAUAAGAGCGGUAGUUACGGAUAUAGUGCACCUGUGCAUGCAUGUCUAGAACUUCAACAAGUCAAAGUGACAGUAGUGUAGUGUUUCCUAAAAAAAUAACUUCAAACCAUGGCACAUCUUGAUAGGGACUGAGCAGUCAGCCAUUUUAUAGGCUGUUGGUGAACAAAUAUCAUCUUCUUCCAUUCCUUUUAUUCUGGUGAUCUCCUGGCAAAAAAAAGUCUUUCUUCAGUAAUACUAAUUACACUACAUGAGGCAGAGGUCCAACACCAGGGAUUUAGUGGAGCCUGUUAGAUUGAGGCAUCUACAGUAGCUUUCAGAAAUACUAUCAUGGCUAUUCGCUGUGCAGUUGGUUAGAUAAAAUUACCCCCAGUUUUAGUAUAGAUGGCCAAUAACCAGAAACCCCUCCAAGAAGCCUAGCACUUGUGCACUCCACUGGGUCCAGUUGACAGUGCACAUAACAUUUUUGGAACCGUUUCUAUAUAAAACAAGGCCCACAUACUAUGUGCUCUAGUAUUUAGGAUAGUUCCCUUGACUGCUACACAGUAGUCAUUAAGUUGCCCACAGCUCUCAGGGACCAAAACCACAGGCACAGAAGACUCUCUGGGGUGCCACAGCUCCCCAUUCAUCUCAGACAAACCAGGGGUGAGAGUAGCCAGGCAAUCACAACAACUAGCAAGACAAGCAUUGGUCACCAGGGUUUUACUAGCCAUUCCGGGGCCAUGAGUAAGACUCUGUGGUUGGCUUGCUGAACUUCUAAACCUCAUUCGACAAUGAGCCAAUUCAGUUUUAGCAAAUAGGUCGAUCUGUACUGGGCCAGGGUUUUCCCAGAUCUUCUGCAUGACCUUGACAACAUUUCCAAUGCCCCAUUGUGCAGAAGGUUGGUGGUCAGUGGUGGUUCUGAAGUUGGUAUAGCCUGACAGCUCUAGCUGUGAGUUGGUGAAGGCUCAGUACUCCAUGAAGGCUACUGAGUCACGUAGUUCAGCUGCCAGUUCAUCCUUUGUUUGAAAGCCUUAUCCCAUUGUCUUGCUGCUUAAUUGAGAACCAUGGGACAGCUUGGAUACUCAUCUUUUAGAAAAGCUCGGAUGAAGAUCUCAACCAUUGUGUGGGGCUUCAGCCGUAAAAUGAUCCAGGUCUAAAAUGAAACUAUGUCUGAAGUUGAGAUGUUUAUAUGCUUGAAGAGAACCUUGCAGCAUUUCUGUUUUUUUGUUCUGUGUGUGAGCUGGUGAUUAAAGCUCGCAACUUGGGCCUGAUGAGUUUGAUACAAAUGCAGUAAACUGCAGUAAAAUGCAGUUGGGCUUCUGGAUUCCCAAUCCUAAGUACAUGGAGGAUUAGGAUGAUCUUAGUAUGUCUACUUGAAUCAGUAGCCACAGAUUUAAAAGCUGAAUUCAAUAGAGAAGCAGAGGUUUACCUUUAUGCCAUUUGGUUGACCUCCUUAUCCAGAGUGACUUCAAUUUAUCUAAUUUUUAUACAACUGAGCAGUAGAGGGUUAAGCCUUAAGGCCCAGCAGUGGCAGCUUGGUGGACCUGAGAUUCAAACACACAUUCUUUCCAUCAGUCCAACACCUUAACCACUGAGCUACCACUUUAGAUUUGGUUGGAAGGAAGUGAAUGUAGAGAAAAAAUGUAGUGAAAAACAGUAGGUGCCAAGGUGAAUGAAGCCCUGCUCCAGCCCUAUUGGUACCAGCACCGAGGGACAUGGACAGGUAAGGGGCAGUAGGUACUUAGGUGAGGAUGCUUUCAACACCAAAAAGGUCAUGGAAGGGCAGAGUGCAGAUAGCCCCGGUGAGGGAAAUGUUGGACACACAAGCUGCUAUCCUGUUGCCCAGAGUGACCAAGUGACAGACAGGCAGUCAGCGGUGCAGGGGCAAUAUCUAGCAAAUCACAGCACAACUCCUCGAACAAGUAUGAAAUCGUAAUAAUCACCAUGGUGCUGAAGAACAAAAGAAGAAAACAGGAGGCUACAACAGUAGUCUCAAGCUGCACAAAAUAACAUAUAUUAACAUAUAAAACUUAUAAGUAGAGAAAAGAAGAAGUAGUGAUGUGGUAUGAAGGUAUUUAAAACAAAUGCUAUGUCUGUUUGUCACUUUGUUAUUUAGUUGAAGAUCUUGGCAUGCAUGUCCAGAGAAUAUCAAGGAGUUAUGCUUGGUGGUUGCACUGGAUGAAACAGAACAAACAACUCAACGCUGUGGUCAGUAAAUGACAAUUAAUUUGAAUUCUCUUAUGAAGCGCCUUCGAGGGCUGAAAAACAAACCCCCACAAAUCUAAGCAAACACUAAUGACAACACCCAUCUAAACUUUUGCUAACACACAUUCCUGUUGUAAAUACUCAACAUGACUUCUUGCGUUACUGUGGCGUUUCUAAAGUGCAUUUUUAAAAACUUUUCCAGUAAAAUUACCAAAUCACAGUAAUCAUAAAAUAAAAGGACCAUCCAAGUAUCCAAAACUGCAGGAUAGCCGUAGCCACUUGCAGCAUCCCUGCGACAGAUAUCAUUCAACCCUUUCUUGGCUCAGAAGCUGUUUACAUUUUCUCUUGACAUAUUUUUAUGUCAGAACUAAAAACUAAAACAGUUCUAGCCAGACAUUUUCAAUUGGUGUUUGAUUGGAUUACAGAGCCAAUGACGCAUCACAUAUACGCUUGUAUGAGUGAAUAUGACUUCUCAUCAAACCGCUGGCCUGCCAUGACAUUUGACAGGGAGAAACCUGCCUCUGCUCUCAGCUGAUUAUAGCGCCCCCUUGCUGCAACCAUCAGAAUAUAGCUUGUGCUUGUGGCGUUAUAAAAUUUGCCGUGACACAUUUCUGAAUGCAACAGCAAAAUUUAUUUUGCAUCGCUCAAAUCUCAGUGGUUUCUGUAGAUUGGUAGUGUUUGUUUGAGCCCUUUGCUGUGCUUCUGUUUUGAAUACAGUUGAAUUCUACACAAGCUGUUAGACACACCAUGAAAAUGUACGCAUCUACAGAAUUUUCAAUUUCUCUCCACAUCCAAGAUCUAUUAACUCUACAUACUCCUAUCUACAAGACAUAUGUGAAACUCUAACAGUGUGGUCAUGGGGCUUUAGUUCUCCAGCAAUAUGUAGCACUUUGAAAAAAAUAUAGACAAUAAGUAUAGAGAAUGUGUUUUGCGAAGAAAUGAAUAUGUUGACUUGGUAAACAUGUGUUUGCGUGCACUGUGAUGAGACAUUACAGAAGCGUUCAGUUCCACUCAAAAACGUGAGAAAUCGGCACUAAUAGUGUUUUGUAAAUAAGCUGAAUAUAGCUUAUAUACUAUAAAAUUUCAAAAAGAUUUUAAAUAUGUUUAUCAGGGCAAGAGUAGGAUGGGUGGUGCCACAAUUAUUACUUGUUAUCAACUUUAAUACAAAGCUUAGUCUAAUCUGUGAUUUCCAUAUCAACAGUUAUAUCAUGAUCUCAGUAUUAUAAGCUUCUAUCUGCCAUUGUGGUUGAAAAUGAAUCAAAAUAACAAGAACAACUUAAUCACUGGGUAAUACUUAAUGCUAAUCUGGUGUUAGACAGAUUAGACAGUCUCCAGCAUGGGGGAAAUCUAACACUGUAAUGCUAAUGCACUAUAAUGCUAAUAUUAGCAUUACAUAGUAGUAAUGAUUUUAGCUAACUACAGUAUACUACAAUGUACUGUGCCUAAUAUAAUUACCUGAAACCUUCAGUUUAAACAGGGCUUAAGCAACUAUCUAACAAAUUAUCUAUUGUCUGUUCUGAUAUAUUUUAAGAUCGUUAAAUUGCUGUUUUAAGGUGAAACUAAAAAUAAAAUAUCUAAUUUAAAAACUUCAUCUUCAGUUUUUAGAAAUUUAAAUAUCUUGUAUUUUAGAACUUAGAGAAGACAUUAAUAGAAACAAAACUUAUUAAAAAGUAUAAAUGAUUAUAAUAGGCAAAAUGUCUGAGUUUAUUAGCAGAUAUCAGAUAUUUUAUGAGAUUAUUUACAAAGAAACAGCUAGAUAGAAAAUCAUCCAGCAUUGGAUUUUUACAGAAUAUCCUCUCUUUUAAACACCUCAGACUUCCCAAACUGUAAAUCUGAAGUAACCUUGAUGUCCUGUACAUAUAAAUUUCAAGACCACACAGAUAGAACCUUAUAUUACUAAGUCCAUGAUAUGGGAAAUAAAUCAUUUGAGACUGUUGUGUGACUGUUCUCUUUUCGGUCCUUUUUAUUUACAGGAAAAAAAGCAAUAUUACUUAUAUUACAAUAAUCAUUAGAAUACCCAUCAAUACUCAUCACUGUAUGAAAUGGACUGGUGGGCAAAGGGCUUGUGGAAGGAACAGAAGUUCCUUCAGCUAUCGUUUAUAAUGUCCUACAGUGUUUUAACUUUCACACACUGUUUGAUUAAAAACGCACUCAGUAUCACACAAUAAGUUUUAUAUAGGAAUAGCUCUUCAUUAGCGAUGAAUGGAAAGAAAGUAUCCCUACCUUUGUCUCUAACCAAGAGGAAAUAUGCACUCUCGGUGCACAGCUGAAGUGAAUUUGGUGUCAUUCAGUUUAUAUUUUUUAUUUCCCUUCCUCAUGUUUUCUCUUUAAUUCCAUUCAGUCUCUAUAUUAGUCUGAUAUCUGUAUAUUUAAACCACCGCAUGUGUAUUUUGGACAGUUGCCACUGAAAAUGAAACGACACACAUUUGUAUUACACAAUUGUUAUAUAUUUUAGAGACUAGUGCUAAAAUAUAUAACAUUCAAUCCACUAACAGAGAAAACAAAACUUAUAGAAAACAGCUAUAAUUGAGCUGAUUGUUACCAAACGCCAUAUAAAAUCUGUAACUGAAUAAAAUCAUCUUCAGCCGCUGUACGUCUCCAUAAUCAGGAAGAUGCUAAAAAUGUACAAUGCUGGGGUUUUAUACCUUGUUUUUGUCCAUAUGCUGUUGUUAAAAAUGAAAUAUCAAUGUCUAGUACCCUAAAACAUUUCUGUUCAUUAUUGUAUCUCAUUAGCAUCUAUGUCUUUCUCAUCUGUUUCUGUACCUUAUGGCUGAAAAAUAUACUGUAGAAUUUCCAGAAAUAAACGUCACAUGGUGUAUUUAUUUAUUUAUUUUUUUUGGAAGUCAUGAGGGACAUUUAUAAAAGCAAUUAGGAUGAGAGUCAGUAGAGAUGGUAGCUACAUUUCCACAUUUCUUUGCAAGUUGUUGUUCCUUCUGUAGAUUCCUUUGUUAAGCACCAUAACAGACAAUUUAAUUAUCUCUAGGAAAAUAGACUUCCAGUGGAAACACUACUGGAAUUAUAAUGUACUGUAUGUAAUGUCUAAACCCAUGUCAGGAUGAAGUCUCUUUAAGCAAUGGUUCCAAAAACACCACCAUCCCAGGCUUUGUUACUGUCAUGACUUUAUUUGCCCCGUUCAGGCAGUUGGUGUUGUGUUCAGCUGGAAUGGAAUUUAAUCUCCUGCUGAUGCUGAUGUUAGAAAAAAGGAUUCAGGAUUUUCUCGACCACCUCAGAGAAUGGGUCUGUUCAUUUUGUAGAACUAUUAAGCUCCUUCUAAACAUAAUGUUUUACCUCAUAUCUAGGCCAUGCUUCUGUUAUAGGAUUGUUCUUGUAACUGCAUAUAUAUUAAUCUUCACAUAGUCUUUUUAAAUAUCAUUGUUGGUGUCUUUCCUCUAAUAUUUUUGGACUAAAUAUUCUUUAUCACCCAGAGAGAUAGAAGUAGUUCAGUCUAAAGAUGCUUUUGUAUCACUGACUACAUUUACUUCUUAGAAGUGUAGAAGAAGGUGGAGUGCUUAUUUUUAAAUGAAUGCUAUAUGUAUGAUAUGAGGUGUAAUUACAUUGUGUAUAGUCUCCAUCUAUUCAUUGAAAUAUAAAUAAAUUCACCCAAAGUACCACAAACUCACAAGUUUUAUCACUUUUGAAUUCUGCAUCUGAAAAGCAUAGUUUUAUUUUUGUACAUUCAGACAAAGUGAAGUAAAUGUUAAUGACUUUGUGAGGAAAUUUGAUGUUUCAUUGCAUUUACGUAUUAUGUUCUUACACAUUUGGUUGAGUACAAGCACCAUGUGAUGAGUUCCGCAUGUUCAAAUCUUUCCCCAUGUUAUAUAAAGCAACACUUAUGCAAUUUGCCAUGUGUUGCAUUAUGGCUAUUCUGCCAAAAUGAUGCACGGCUGGCCAACACUUUAACUGCAUGUGCUCAUCGUUGGUCGUGCCGCUCAACCCUCAAAUCUGCGUCACUGCCACGUCGACUGUGAAAAGGUGAAAUAAUGGCUGCUGGUUUGACGUUCACUCAAUCCGCUUCGUGUCUAUUAAAACAUUUUAGAUUGUGAAUGAUAGAUGAUUUGAACAGAAACAAAGAAAAUUAGACUGAAAAAUUUUGGCGUCAUAUAAAGAAUUCUUAAUAUUAAAAGAAAAAGGGAAAAUCCAAAUAUUUUACAGUUCUUUCAAACCCAAAUAAUCAGGUUAAGUCUUAUUAGCUGAAGAGUAGUAAGAGUUUGUCACAUAUAAACAGCUCAAGGGAACGCUGAUUAACAAUUAAUUGUGUUGUGUUUGACUGUUUUAGCAUUCAUUAUCAUUCAUUAGCUCAAACUGUCUCCAUUCGCAACCAAGAGGAUCCAACAUGUUAGCGUAUUACAUAUAUACGACAAAUCUCAUCUGCUAAUCAGGUCUGAUUUUAUUUUCUAAGGCCAGAAAAGCAGGAACAGUAACGAUGUUAAUGCAAUCAACUCUGUAUUAUGAUGUUGCACAAAAGGGCUGAUAUUUCUACAGAAUGCCAGAACUGUGACCCAAUUCUUGGUGGAUUACUAAUGGAGUUUGUAUGAUGACAGACAGCAAACGGUUUUAUAUCUCAGGUAACGGUUGCGGCAAAUAGCUUGGGCUGUGCAAAUUAUAAAUAUGUAAAAUUACUGUAUAGUAAUAACGGAUUUAAAAAAAAAAGGAAUAGUGAUACAGUAACUACAUAUCACAGAGUAGCUUAAUGGAUGCUAAACAGCGUAAAUUGUCCGAUUUAGUUGUCUGUUUUGUAAUUUAUAUAUCAAACGUGAUGGUAUUUGAAGAAUAGUUCAGUAACAAAAUGCGUUGAGAGUAAAACAUAGUAGUAGGCAACACAGUAAACAAACACAAACCAAUUAGUGGACCCAGACUCUGUCAUUUGGCUGUACUAUAAUGGAAUAUUAUUAUGUAAUCAAUGUCUGUUACAAAUGUUUGACCAUGAUUUAAUAAAUCACGCUCCUCUUUUGUCCUGAACAUGUUCUGGAUUGAAAAACUGGACAAUCAUAGAACCAUGAGACUUCUUAUGGUCCAAACAUGUUCUAUACAGGAUGUCAGCCUUGAUUUUAUUUUAUUUGUUUAUUUUUUUUUACAAUAAUACAUGUAUCAUUUCUACGUGCUACGAUGAAGCCCUGUUGUACUGUUCCAGUUAUAAUAUGUCUUUACAAUAAACCUGUCUUCUCAAA